UAUCUUUGGCGUUUUGUACAGUACGGUGCGUACAUAUUUUAUGUCAUGUUUUCCAUUUGUAACUGAAAUUUGGUGAAAAUCUUGAAGUAAACCUUUUUAAAAUGGUUUACUAUCUAAUAUCCGAAAAUGUGAAAAUGCUUCGGAAAAUCAAUAAUGACUAUGCAGCUUCUCAAGAGGUAUCUCCAUUCGAGUACAUGAAAUCAUUUAUUGAAAAAUGUCCAGAGAAUGCAGAAGACGCAAAGAUAUCAUGGAUUGCGGAAUCUUUCUUAGGAAUACAAAAACACAAACUUUUUUUAACAGAAAUAGCAACUAAAAUGAAUGAAGUAUUAUCUGAUGAAGACGUGGAUUACUUUGUGAUUAUACUUCAUGCAGUGACAUUUCAGAUUGAACCAAAGGAUAUGCAAUUAUUCUAUAAAUGUUUGUUCAAUUUAAGUAAACCCUUGUUGAAUACUUUUACUAAAUAUUUGAGCAACAAUGAAGUUCUUAAAUAUAUAGCACAAGUGGCCCAGAACAGUUACGAUACAAAUUACAUUACCGAAAAAAUUAUUGCACCAUUGUUCAUAUGGCAACCAUACAUUAGUGAUAUGGCCCAUAACUAUGCAUUAUAUAUAAAGAAGAUAGAAAAUCGCAAAAUAAAACCUCCCACUGUACCAAUACAACCAAAUGUGCUGAACAGAAAAGGUAAAGAACGAAAACCGACAUCAACAGGAGUAUUUCCACUAACUCCGCCGAACUCAAUUAGAACAAAAAAUAAAAAAAUGCUAACCAAAAAUGAAAUUGAUGAAAAAUUAAAAAGUAUACAUGAAAAAAAUAAAGAAAGAGCAACAAAUAUGUUAAAUUUCGUGAGAACUAAAAAUUUUCGCUAUGCACAGGUUAAAUCAGAUAGAUAUUAUCAAAGAUUGUCCGAUAUUAAAGAUGGAGUGGAAGUACAGUAUUCAACAAGAUCCUACCCAAAACCAACGAAUGCUGCUACUACUAAACCAGCUCCAGUAGUAAAAGAAACUGCAGCAACACUUAGAAGAAUGAAUAAGCGAGUUCAAAUGGCAGAAGAAGAAGAAGUUGAAUGGCUUCAAACGUUGAUGAAAACUUGUAGAAAUACUGCUACAAUAGAAGAAAUAGAAGAUCGUAACCGACAAGAACUUGAAAGGCAAAGAUUACUUGACAUAGAAAAGAAACAUUUAAAAGGGCUUAUUUCUUAUGAAGAAGCAGUAUUAGCCAAAAGUCGAGUCAAAGAAGAAAACAAAAAAAAAUACGAAGAAUUUCUGAAAGAAAAAGAAUUAUGGAAUGAGGAAAUUGAGAAAUGGAAAAAAAUUGAAAUGGAAAAGAACCGUAGAAGCUCUGAAAAACUAUCAGAAAUAGAAUUAAAUGUUCUGAAGGCAAAGCAAAAUGCAGCUGUUAAAAAAAAAGAGAAUGCUGAUAAAGUAAAGCAAGAAACUGACUUUUUAAUAGCUAAAGCAUUAAAAGAAAAACAGGAAGAGUUAGAAUAUAGAAUUAAAAUGAUAAAAGAAAUCAAAAUACUAUCUAUGAUUGCUAGGAAAGCAAGAGUUCCCAAAAUAAUUGAUCUAACCGAAACAUCAGGGCUUGGCCUCCUUUGCGAAAUGUCUAUGGCUGAAUUGCAAGAAAGAUUAGCUGCCUUUAAAAUAGGAUUAUCAGAAGAAUUGGAAAGAAAAAAGAAACUUAUUAAAGAGCAAAAUGCAGCGGCGAAAGAAGAUUUAGAAAACACGAAAAAAUCGAUCAAAUCCUAUAUGGCGGAUAAAGAAACGAGUCGUAAACAGAAUACAAAGACAGUCAUUGAGCCAUCGACUACAAAGGAGAUAAAUGACUUACGAAAGAUAUUGGUAGAGAAAAGAAAACAAAGGCUACUGGUGAAAACUUGAAUUAAACGUAGCAUUGUGUUAUGUAUACUUUAUUUUGUUUGUUUUAAAAGUAAUUGAUAAUAAAAUAUGUAGCGUACU